CUGGUGGCUAGCACGGGUGGUAAAACAGAAGGACAUUUUCUUCUUUUUAAGCUGGCCAUUAAGAGCAGGAAAGGAUUUUUGGUGCCCAGGAGUCCAGAACUCUUUUAGCAGCAGCUGCUGCAGUGCAGAAUCGAAGCUGGGAAUUAUCUCCUCCUCUUCUCCGCCCCUCUCCUCCUCCUCCUCCUCCUCCUCCUCCCAACCUGGGAUUCAGACAGGCUGUGGGUUAGCUGUGCCAGGCCGGCCGGCUGCUCCUCGGACUGUGGCGCGUUGCUGCCCGGCAGCCUGAGACUGUGGGGUGUUUUUUGGAGGGUUGAGUUUCAAUGGCCACCCCGACUAGCGAGAAGCAAGGACUGCUCAUACAGACAGCUCGUUUUUAUCGCGUGCAGAGUCGGCUCUGUAGUGGGAUGUUGAAAUAUGACACGAUGCCUGUUUGUUUGCAAUAGCUGCAACCCUCGUAGCAGAGAGUCAAGUGGGAAACAGAGGGGGAAUCCAGAGACAAACCCGCGAGGGAAUUAGGAACUGUGACGCCGUCCCCUCUCUCCUGUGCCGGAGCAAGCAAAGAGAGGUAGAGGAAAAAAAGACUGAGCCUUGCAACCAGCCGUCACCCUGACGAUGUGUCAGUCAAACACCCUGCAGGGACCAGAUCUGCACACAGGGAAAUGGUGAGAUGCUAUAAAGCUUUAUCUAACCCUCCACCCUCUUGCUACAACCUCCACAAAGUUAAAAUUCAUGUCCGGAGGCUGCGUUCAGGGACCGGCGGCAGCAGCAGCUGUGCCGGGGACCAGCACCCACAACUGGAGAGCCCAGGCCCGGCUGGCUCUGCUGGGGGUACACCAAACAGGAGAACUCGUUUCAGGUUGCAAUUCCCCCAGCUGGCCCUGCGGCGAAGGUUGGGCCAGCUAAGCUGUAUGUCUAGGCCUGCUCUGAAACUCCGUUCUUGGCCUCUGACUAUUCUCUAUUACCUUCUGCCUUUCGGUGCUCUUAAACCCUUGACCAGAGUGGGAUGGAGGCCUAUGAGCAGGGUCGCCCUGUACAAAUCGGUACCAACUCGCCUGCUCUCACGAGCCUGGGGUCGCCUGAACCAGGUGGAGCUGCCCACAUGGCUCCGCAAGCCCGUGUACAGCCUGUACAUCUGGACCUUUGGGGUGAACAUGAAGGAGGCGGCUGUUGAAGAUCUGCAUCACUACAGAAACCUCAGCGAGUUCUUCCGCAGGAAGCUGAAACCACAGGCACGGCCGGUCUGCUGCCUGCACAGCGUGAUUAGUCCCUCUGAUGGAAAGAUCCUUAAUUUUGGACAGGUGAAAAACUGUGAAGUAGAGCAAGUAAAAGGGGUUACUUAUUCUCUGGAGUCUUUCCUGGGACCUCGCAUCUGCACAGAGGAACUGCAUUUUAGCCAGGCCCCACCUGGUAACUCCUUUCAGCAACAACUGGUCACAAAGGAGGGCAAUGAGCUCUAUCACUGUGUCAUCUACCUGGCGCCAGGGGAUUAUCACUGCUUCCACUCACCCACCGACUGGAGAGUGUCACACCGACGGCACUUCCCAGGUUCCCUGAUGUCUGUGAAUCCUGGAGUUGCCCGCUGGAUCAAGGAGCUGUUCUGCCACAAUGAACGGGUUGUCCUUACGGGUGACUGGAAACACGGCUUUUUCUCCUUAACAGCUGUGGGAGCAACAAACGUGGGCUCCAUCCGUAUCUACUUCGACCGGGACCUGCACACCAACAGUCCACGCUACUCUAAAGGUUCCUACAAUGACUUCAGCUUCAUAACCAACAACAACAAGGAGGGAAUCCCCAUGAGGAAAGGGGAACAUUUAGGAGAAUUUAACUUAGGCUCCACGAUCGUACUGAUCUUUGAGGCACCCAAGGACUUCAAAUUCCACCUCAAAGCCGGACAGAAAAUCCGCUUUGGCGAAGCACUGGGCUCUCUAUAGAAACUCUCUCAGCAAGAACCUUUUCUAUACAAAGGGACUCUUAUCACACCACUGAGUGUUUCACUUCACAAGUUAUGUAUCACUCAGCAGGACCUGGGUGAGGAAAACAGAAGAUGUCAUUGCUAUAUUAAACUUGAGAGUAUUUGGUCUCCGUGUCCAUGCUGCUGAACGCAGAAAGAGAACUGAAAGAUCAUGUAUGUAUCAGGUACAGCUGCCUUUAAAGAUGUUGAAUAUGGAGGUUUCUGUCCCACCCUGUGCCUGUAGUCAGUCUUUCAUGUUCUCCCCUCACUGUGCCACAGGAUAAUUAUGUUCUUAGAGCCUGCAGGUCCCUUUUUAAGCCUUCCCAGGCUGUGCAGGGCAGAGGUGGAGAUUGGCUGUAUUUAAAGGGACACAGGCUGAAUCAGUCACUGCACCUUACAGCCCCAAUAUCUGUUUUUCAGACCUUGAGUAAAGAAUGUGUUCUCAUAUUUAUUUUAUUCUAAGAGCCCCUGCUGAGGUUCUUAUAUAAAGGCAGUCUGUGAAUGUUUAAUGCGCUUUACAUAUUAAAUGGGCUAAUACAGAUUCACACUCCAAACUGAGCAAAAUGUACCAGAGACAGCAUCUGUACGAUAAAUGACACACACAGCUUUUCUACUUUAAUUAUUUUACCUGACACUGUCCUUCAAAAACAGACUCUGCACUGUAUUUUAAACCUGAAAACAUUGUGUCUACAUUCCAUGUGAUGAAACUGGUCAUCCUGGGAUUGUCUUUAAAAAAAAAAAAAAAGGCUGACAAAGCUGUGUGUCCUGUUCCUUAUCCAUGGUUUUAUCCUGCUAUUCCAGGCCUUAAAAGAUUUUGUUUGUAAUAGAGACAGUUACUUCACCUCUUGAAUUAAGGGGUUAGAAGACAUAGGGAAUGUUUUCCUUUGUGGGAUGCAAUGAGAUGGCAGCCAAAAUAGAUUUUGACUUGCUGGUAUGUAUCUAUUUUCUUUGUUGCUUUGUCACUAAAUUCUUGAAGAAUUAAUUCCUCUAUUUACAGAACAGUUUCAGAUACUUCAGGACCAAUUUUUAUGGCACAGAGUGAAAUGCCCUAUGCACUGACUGUGUAUAAAACUUACGGAUCUUGGAAGCAAUCCCAAGUUGCCUCCCAGGUGCCAACCUGGCCCUCCUAUAGCAGACUGGCAACAAUUUCAUCUUAUUUAAAAGAUAAAAAAACCCCUGCUCUGACUUCUGCCCCUGUACAUAACACUAGGAUUGUGCUGGGGGCUGAAAGCUCUAUGCUGAAGCUUCAUCCUACAGCAAAACUUUUGAGCUUCUUUUUAGCUUCAUGUCAAUAAUUAAAGUCUUAACACCUUGGAUUUGUUGGAUGUGGCACUACACGGCACUGACAGAAACUGGUGCCAAAGUGAAGGCAGUUUUAAGUUUUGAAUUAAGUUUUAAAGCAAUGUAUCAAUUGUUUUUAGAGAAUAAACUGUUUCAAGACCAGGCACUCAAACAUUUAGAACUGACUUUGCUGUCCAGAGCUUGUUGGAGUGGAUAUGCUUAUGAAACCUGCCUUUCUGCUCUGCUCUCUGAAAGAUUUCUCAUAUUAUUUCCUUGCUUGAGCCUUGGGUGUUUUUUUUCUGCUACUGCAAGGAGAUGGUAGGCUUUGACCAGCUCUGAUUUCCUAAAGAAAAACUUUAUCUUCUUUGUAUGCACUGCAGAAAAUAGAAUAUAAUUUUGUUGUACAAAUGUCCAGUUUGCCAAGUCCUGUAUGCUUAGCUUGUCAUUGGGAAAGAAGGGAUGAUAAACUGCCUGUAAGUGACGUAGCCCAGCCAUGACUCAGGUGAUAAUGGCUGUUGGGGUGACAAGCAGGAGGAAAUUCAUUUGGCUCCAAGAGUCAAUGUUUCCCCACUUUACACAGUGGAGGAGUUUGAAAGCUUGAAGUGGCUCAGCCACCUUUCUUGUAAAACUUCUUGGCAUUAGCAAGUUCACUCCUGCAGCAGUAUAUUACCAUAUAGAGAUUAUAGAAACCUGCACUUUUUUUAAACCAUUAAGAGUGAGAAUAGAUGAAGGCAAACAUCAACCCCAAGAGGAAAAAGCUGUGACUAGACUUUUGACUAAACUUCAAUGUCACCUUAACAGCAGAAACAAAUUUGUUCCAGUGGAUGAGAGAAAAGACUGAACCUUUCCCCCCUUUUCCACUGGGGCCUGUUGUGUCCAGACGCAGCCAAAGCAACUUCAAGCUUUAAUUUCUUCCUACCCAGCAUCAUCAUCCACAGUAUCUGAAGGUCACUGUUAGCCUAGUAACAGAGGAGAGGUUACCCGAUGUUUGCUUUAUCAGAAAUCUGAGGAGGAGAGGAUUCAGCAUGUAAGUGGAUGGUUUUGUGAUGGUCUUAAUACUGUGCAGAGCUAGCUGAUUAACAAACAUUAAUUUGUUACGCAGUGGAAGUGAAAGCAGAGUUCCUAGAGGGUACUGAUAAUGCUGUGAAUUUCUCCUGCACGGAGAAUCCAUUUAAUUCAACUGUAUCAGUAGCAUGGUAUUUUUGUACGUCAAAGUGUAUGACUUACUGACAUGAACUCAUUUAAUUGCAAACAUUUUGAAAUAAAGAGUCUUAUUGGUGUUGCUUAUC